AUUGCUCUCUGGAUGCCUUGUGGUGACCUCUGUUGUAGUAAAUGCAGACGGUCGAGUGUUCGUUAUGGACCUGAGGAAUUCCUCCGGCCUGCAGGGCUUCAGAGAUGCUCAGCGGGCUUGUGCCUCACGACAUUCCCGCUUGGCCUCAUCAGAGGAGCUCCGUUAUGCUGUGGUAGAGUGCCACUUCUCCCCAUGCACCCGUGGGUGGCUCUACGGAGGAGCAGUGGGGACCACGGUGUGUAAUAUUGUGGGGAGUGCACUGAAAGCUGUGGACGUGAGGACAGAAAAUGCCACAGAGGACGCCACACACAUGGACGCCUUCUGUAUCAAAGACAAAGGUGUGCCGUGUGGUGACCCUCCAUCCUUUCCUAAUGCCCGUCUAAAGGGGCACUCAGGGUAUGAGAUGGGAGAUGAGCUGCUUUACACAUGUGUGCCAGGUUACGUAAUGCCCAGUGGACGCAUGCCUUUAGCCUGCUGUGCGACAGCUGUGGAGAGUGGUAUGGACUG